AUGUACAAAGCGUUGGAAGUUGAAUUUGUAGCAGAACAAUCUGAACAGCUGUCUAGUGAGGAUGAUGAUGAUGAUCUCGAUAGUAGCAGUGGUAGCGAAGAGAUUCCAGAGGCUAGUGGACAAAUACAACAACUAAAAAUCCAAGAAGAAGAUGGCGAAAGGUUAGAAUGUGAGCAGGAACAAGAUCCAGAUAGGAUAAAGAUACACGAAGGAACACUUACUAGCGAGGACGUGCAUUGGAACAUCAAGCUAGGGUCUGUACAUCUAGCCUUUCCUCGUGAUGCUGUAUCUGAGCCCACCCAGAUAACGGUCCAUCGAUGGAAACCCAUGGUCCUGUCCCCGCCUUUGCAGGAGCACGAGGCUCUCGUCAGCAACGUGAUUGAGAUUUCUUCGAACCGUCAAGAAGCUUUCAAAUUUAAAGCUGAAGUUAAGAUUUCAUUCACUCACAGUUCUGCCGGCCUACACGGCUACGAGUUGGUGUUGUACAAACGGACUGACAACGAGACUGGUGCAUGGGAAAAAGUGAUUGAUGUGGAAGACUUCAAAAGCAUCUCAGAUUUUGAAGAAGAAUAUCAAUUUAGCCAAGAUAUUCUCAAUUUCCACUUUCCUGUUGUGCAAGCGGAUAUAACAGAAUGUGCCACAUAUGCAGUAGUGAGUCGUCUCCAUCUUUCCCCUGAAUUCACGAUUACAUCAAAUGGCGGUUCCUUUGUCAUGCCUGAAUAUCCAAGUGUAAGUGUUACCAUCCCGAAAAAGGCUGUUACUUCGAAAACAAGGAUUCCUCUUCGACUGAAGGUGCAAGAAGUGCCAGGUGAAGAGUUUGAGGCUAAUGAUAUACUUAUUGGACCUAUACUGCGAAUAGUUUGCGACAAAACGGUUGAGUUCUUGAAGCCUGUUACCAUAACUCUGCCAGUUUCGUUGGGAGACACGCACCAUGACUUUCCUGAUCCAACGGCAUGCCGGGUAAGAAUAUUGUUUCUGAGCUCUGAUGGUGAACAGAAGGAAUGGAAGGAAAUCACCAACGAUUUGAAGAACCCAGCGACGUUUGACGGGAUGACAGUUAAAUUUCAGGUGGAACGCUUCUCUGGGUACUCGUGUCUUAUUGACUGGUGUACAAAAAGCUUUAGUUAUCAAGGCGUUAUCGGAUAUCUAUCGAGCCUUAUUUGGAACCAACCUCAGCGCGCAGUGUUCUUCGCCUACUUCCCUCAUGAAGAACCCCCUGAUUCUCGAGACAUUUUGUACCUAAUUUGCUGCCCGUCUCAACUUAAAGAGAAGGUGCGGGCUGAAAUUACGAAUCAGGCUAAUGCACCUACUUCAAGUGAUUCAGACUCCCACAUCAUGAUGAUUCCUGGUCGUGAUAAGGCAUACGUCUCCCUUAUUGGAGGGUUCAGAGCGAUUGAGGAAGAUGACAUGGAUGAAUCUUAUCUCCAGUUUAUAAGUGAUGACCUCCAUAAAGUUCAAGUUCCAAUCCGUGUUAUUGAUGACAAAGGACCUCCAGGGGUGAAGUUUUUUAAAACACCGAAGUUUGAAAAAGGCACUCUGCUAUGUGGAUUGUAUUUUCGAUUAUCGCCUCCCAAGAGAAAGCUUAAGAAAACCCCGGUGGAGUUUUUUGGCAUUCCUGUCAAUGAUGAAAUCUUGUCAAAUCCGCGUCCUGAGAAUGUUCUGGGGAUUGGAAAACAAUUCGUUGGUUCAGAGGUGUAUGACGAUCUCCUUUCCCGCUUCAGCAAAGGCAAUAUGAAUCAGAAGCAGACAAUGCAAAGCUUCUAUGAGGCUCUUGCAGGAUUGAAAAUCGAGACCCAAGAUGAGUGUUUUGAGGCCCUUGUCAAGGAAAUGAGCCGCUAUGAAGCAUUUGAGUUUGUGGGGCAUCGACUUCAGGAAGGUAACGACAUUAAAAGGUUUAACAGAGUCGAGAUCGCAGAGGGGCUAAGCUUGGUUGAUUUGCUCUCGGAGAGGGGUAAAGAUGCUGUUUGCAAAUCAUUGAAGACAAAUGCGGACGUGAAGAAAAUUGUAUCAGAAAAAGCGGAGUAUCAUUGGAAAAACCUGGCAAGAGAGCUGGGGCUUGAAGAUGGAAUAAUUGAUGCGAUAUCUGUGGAACAACAAGAUAAAUGCGGAGAAUGCUGUUAUCAAGUUCUACAAAGAUGGUACGAAGAGAAUGGCGAAUCAGCUACUAUCAGAAGAGCCAUGGUGGCACUGACUAGAAUAGGAUUAGCGGACAUCAACAACGACAUUGUAGAUUGUCUUAAUUUGAGACGUUUGGAUCAAAUGGAGUUCGACUCAUAG